AUGAGGAGAAAUGGAUACGGGCAUAAUCAUACGUUUGAAAUAACCAAAAGGAUCAACCGGGUUUCCUUCAUUAUAUGUACAUCUGGAGAUUGUAAGACGAUGCUCAGACAAGCAUUGAAGCAGUUAUACAAUAGGAAAAAUAUGUCGUCGGUUGUGGAAUUCACGGUGAACAAUACAGCGAGGAGGAUCACGCUGAACCGGUCUAAGAAGCUAAAUGCGUUGGAUUAUGAGAUGUGUGCGGUGAUUUUCCCUGCUGUUCAGGAGUAUGCCAAGAGUGAUGUCAACAAUGUGAUCAUAAUUGAUUCUUCAAGUAGUCCCAGAGCGUUUUGUGCUGGGGGGGACGUUGCGGCACUUUCUAAGGAGCUGUUGAAGGGAAAUUCUUCUGUUGCGAAUACGUACUUCCAGGCUGAAUACUCUUUGAACUGGCUUUUAGCUACGAUGGAGAAGCCCGUUGUUGCCAUAAUGGAUGGGAUCACCAUGGGUGGAGGAGUUGGGUUGUGUAUUCAUGUGCCAUUCCGCGUUGCUACUGAAAACACUCUCUGGGCAAUGCCUGAAUCUGCAAUUGGGCUUUUCGCAGAUGUUGGAACCACGUUUGGGUUGCCAAGAGUGGUCACGCUUGGUGGUUCCGAGUGUCAACUUGGAUACUUUGUGUGUAUUACGGGGGACAUCUUGAGUGGUGCUGAUGCAUACGUCGCAGGCCUGGCCUCGCAUUAUGUUGAUAGUGCGCAUGUUGCGGAUCUUCAAACAAGACUGGGUGAGUUGCAGCCAAAUAAAGACGCCGAUCUUAUGUUUGAGAUUACAAAUAAGGCAAUUGGGGAAUUUUCCACACCUUUACCAAAGGAUUAUAAAUUUAAAUAUUCAGCAGCUCAGCUGGACGUCAUUGAAAAGGUUUUCCGUCUCGAUACCCCGUUGAAGGAUGUAUUCAAAUCGUUGGAAGAGAUUUCUGCAUCACCAUCAUGGUCCAAAGAGGCACAAGAGUUUGCCAAAGAAACUAGAGACAAGCUCUCCCUAAAGUCGAUAGUUUCAAUGGAGGUUACCAGAGAACAGUUCCGCAGAAACUUUUUCAACGAUAUUCAAACUGCCAUGAAGCAAGACUUAAUCACUGCUACAAAUAUGUGCAACUUUCAGGAAUUGACCGAAUUUGCGAAAGCGACAUCACACAAAUUACUUGAAAGAAAGAAAACCCCUUACAACUGGGAAGUUAAAGAUAUUUCAAUGGGGGCUCUGUCACGUAUACUAUCCCCAAAUCCUGAGAAUCCCGUAUCAUUACUUGAUAUUGGGAGUGUUACCUUUAAGAAGUACAUGCAUCAUGAGAAGUUCAUAUUGCCAAAUGAAGACAAAGUUCAAGCCUAUAUAGUUGGUUCAGAUCAAUCUGGAAGAUCUAUGGCUGUAACCAAACCAGAAGCUAUUAGAUACUUCACUGAAUUUAACCCUUCGACUAAGGGUAAAGUCGGUGUAGAAUAUAUUGUCGGUUUCAUCAUUGACAGAAAAUGUGAGACUGAUCGUGAUGGUUUUCUAAAAUGGAAAUAUUAG